CAGCGCCCAGAGGAGGCGCGGGGGAGCAGCGGCAUGGCCCGACUCGGCGGCGGCGUGUGCUGCUGCUGGCUCGUCCUCCUGUGGGCGGCAGCGGGGGGCCGAGCAGAAAUCCGCUAUGCGACUGUAUACUGGAAUAGAGCUGAAAAAACACUUCAGCUCAAGAAUAUACUGGACAGGAGUGGAGAUGCCUAUGGUUUCUACAACAACACUAUACAGACGACAGGUUGGGGAGUUCUGGAGAUCAGAGCAGGCUAUGGCAGUCAGACCUUAAGCAAUGAAGACAUCAUGUAUGCAGCUGGCUUCUUAGAAGGCUAUCUCACAGCUCCGCACAUGUAUGACCAUGCUGCAAAUAUGUAUCCGCAGUUAAUUAAGAAUCCCACCGUUCGAAGUGGAGUUCAGAAUUUUAUGGCGAAACAAGAUCAAUGGACAAGACAACAAAUCAGAAAUAAUAAGGAUGACCCCUUUUGGAGGCAUGCUGGCUAUAUUAUUGCACAGUUGGAUGGUCUGUACAUGGGAGCCCUCGAGUGGGCUAAACUACACAAACAAACACCACUGAGCAUCUUUGAUGUCCAGUUUCUGAAUGCAGUUGGAGACCUGUUGGACCUCAUUCCUGCAUUGUUUGAGUAUUCUGCCCGGGGUGGACAAUGCAACAUGGAGCCAGGAAGCCAUGGGAAAUACCAGUGGGAUAUGGGUCACUGCUCUGCACUUAUCAAGGUUCUGCCUGGAUAUGAGAAUAUAUAUUUUGCCCAUUCCAGCUGGUUUACGUAUGCGGCCACACUGAGAAUAUAUAAGCAUUGGAACUUCAAUAUAGUUGAUCCAUACACUAGCACCAGCCGUGUCUCAUUCAGCAGUUAUCCAGGCUUUUUGGUGUCCCUGGAUGACUUCUACAUACUAGGCAGCGGCUUGGUAAUGUUGCAGACUACCAACAGUGUGUUCAACCAAACCCUCAUUAAGCAAGUGGUACCUGAAUCCCUCUUAGCUUGGCAGAGGGUCCGCAUUGCUAACAUGAUGGCAGAUGAUGGUAAAACUUGGGCAGAAACCUUCUCAAAGUGCAACUCUGGCACCUACAACAAUCAGUACAUGGUGCUGGACCUGAAAAAGGUCAAGCUGCAGAAGAGCCUUGAUGAUGGUGCAUUGUACAUUGUUGAACAGAUUCCAACCCUUGUGGAGUAUUCUGAUCAAACAAAUGUUCUCCGGAAAGGUUACUGGCCUUCCUACAAUAUCCCUUUCCAUGAAAAGAUUUACAAUCUCAGUGGGUAUGCGGCAUACGUUGAGAAGUAUGGCAUGGAUUUCUCUUACGAGCUUGCUCCAAGAGCAAAAAUCUUCCGUCGAGACCAGGGCAAGGUGACCAGCUUGGAAAGCAUGAAGUACAUCAUGAGAUACAACAACUACCAGCGCGAUCCUUAUGCCGAACACAAUCCCUGCAACACCAUUUGCUGCCGGGAAGACCUGAGUUCUUCUUUCCCAGUGCCUGCAGGCUGCUAUGACUCCAAGGUGUCUGAUUUCCGCCUGGCGUCAGCGUUCACAGCCACCGCCAUCAACGGCCCCCCGGUGCAGGGGGGUCUCCCUGUCUUCACCUGGAGACGGUUUAACCACACGCGACACCAGGGCCUGCCGGAAUCCUACAAUUUUCGUUUUGUCACCAUGAGGCCCAUCCUGUAAACCCAGCAUCAAUAUUCCCAAAUGGGAUUUUUCUUUUUUUUUUUUUUUUUAAAAGAAAUUUCCAUUCCUGCGUGUAAUAAAUCCACCUGGAUGUCCACAUCCCUGUGCCUUACCUGCUUUCCCUUGUCCUGUCUGUGAGGCACUUGGUGCUGACACCAGCUGCCUCGGUGCAGCCCUUUUGAGCUGUUUGCACCGCCCUUCCUCUGACUAGGAUUGAUGGGAAGCUGGCAUGGCACUGCUUUCCUGGGAUGGGAGCCAUCAUCGCAGCUGUUCCCAGAGCAGGAGUGAACCUCAAUGCCAGGUGGCUGCUUUGGGCCAUGGUGGCCUGAUCCCAGCGCUGGCUGGAUGUUCUACCUCUUAGGCGAGCAGCACCUGCGAGAUGUGCUGUUAAAUCUCAUCCAGGAAUGUCACUAGCAGAGUCAAGGCCAUGUUUGCCAUGGCAGAGCAGUUGUCUGCAGAGCAUGGCUUUCAGGGGCGUUUGCAAGGUUUCCUUUGUCUGGCCAAAGCAGGUUGUCUCCCCUUCCCUUUGCCUCACCGAAAGGCAGUGAAGGGAUGUGCCUGGUGACUUCUGAAAGUAGCCUGGUGCUUUUGGAAACACACCCCACAGCCCUGCUCCAGCAGGGACAGAGUUGUGUGUGUGUCUGUGCAAUGGAUCUGUUGCUGGUUGGUCCAUGCAGUGCUUCAGUGACCUCUUUGCCUGCACCCUCAGCUGCGGAGCAGAACGUGACAGGGAGAUGGCUGUAGGGCUGGGGCUGUUUGUGUUGCUGGUAGUGACCUGUCUUUACACUGAGGAGUCCAGUCACUGGGCUGUUCUGCGUUAGAUGUUGUACAUGUAAUUAGGUAAAACAAAAUAAACAGCUCUUUCCUCAUGGCCUUGAUGGUCCAAGCCAAACAGCGCACAGCACUGCCCUGCCUUAUGAAGGUGAAGACUGAGCAGUGUGAAAUUUUUGGUCAACCCAAUGGAGUUUAGCUCCUGUGAUAGGGAGGGAGUUACUGCAGCAGAGGUGAGGUUCUACCCUAAACAGUUGGCUGUCACAGUGUUCUCAAUCUGGGCUGCUUUAAGCUGGUGUACAAGAAGCUGAUACACACACAGAGGUGAGAUACUUGUUCAGAUCAUUUCUGCAAAGAGACUGGUGCGAGGUGGCUCAUCCCCGACGCUAGCACAGCCUGGUAAGCUCAGAGUUAAGUAUUUAUGCUUUUCAAGUAAGAGCUAAGCAAGUUAUCUGUACUUUUUACAGUUAAGCUUUAGCCAUCACCAUCCCAUUGGUUCUUGCUGUGCCUCCUCUCUACUUAAAAUCGUAGCAUUUUUACUACCCUGCUCUGUGAGGAGGGGGCUUUUGGUAGUAGGGGGCUUUCCCUACCUGAGGGUGGGUUUUUUUUUUAACUAUGUUAAUUAGGAUAGUUCACGUGAUGUCUUCUUUGGCCUUGUUAGCAAUUCUAUUCCCCUUGAGCUUAUCUUGGUAUUCCCUUGUUUUGGCUAAUUUAUGGUAUCCUCCUCUUCUUUCUCCAGGGCCACAUCUUGCGAAUUGUUUACAGUGGUUAAUUGUACCCUUUGCUUCUAGUAUUUCUCCAGCAACAGUAGGGCUGAUUUCUGCCAAGGGAGGAGGGAGACCAGAAGUUACAGCAAAGCUUUUGCAGAGGAUGAAAAAUCCAUGCAGGGACUGAAGUGAUUUGUUUGCUGGAGCUGCAGGAGCAGGCCGGCCUGGGUUGAUCUGCCAACCACAACCUCAGCAGCUGGGUCCAGCUCCUCUCCCCAGCACCCUCAGGGACUGGAGAAGGCGGCUCCAAGUAGGGCAGCGUGGACCUACAGGCAGGGGAAGAGAACUGACAGCUUAAUUCUCAGGCAGGUGCAUAAAGUUAAAAGGUCUCUUUGAUCAUCUCACUCCCCUCUGUGGCUUGCUCUGGGGAAAAAUAUUGGAAGGUGUGCUCUAAGGAGAGGGUUAGCAGCACACACUGUCCCCUUUUCCAUAUCCUGCUUGCAAGUUUUUCCAAGUCCUGUGGCUUCUGCCUUCUAAACUUAAGAUUUUCAGGUGUGGUUGUGAUGAACUCCUCCUUUGCAAAAGCUGCAGCUCAGUCAGUAGAGAACGCUUAACAGAAGAAAUUUCUCCUCCCAGCCAAGACCACCAGAAUGACCACAUCUAAUGCCGGGAGGGCAGGAUGAUCAUGCAGUUGCCUUUCUGGGAAUGACCUGGAGCCAAACCAUCCCUGUUCCAUGUUUGUUCCAGAAAACCUGCCAACCUCAAAAGCCUGUGUCCCCCAACUGCAAGUGACAGCACUUGGGAGGAGGAAGAGCUCUUUCUGAAUGAGAUGUCUCCUGAGAUGUCUGGAACUAAGCACAGAUGACUCAAAAUAUUAAAAACCCAGUAGUUUAUUUCAAAGUAUAAAUUUCAGGCGUGUCAGACAAAAACCCCACUACAGUUAACACAGACACACACACUAAUCUAUAGUACAUACAAAAAUGGGGAAAGCUUGCAACUGCACAGUUCAAAAUUGGACAUGAACUCAGUCCUUUUUUGUGUGUGUGUAUUUACAAAUCCAGCUGCAAAAUAAAACAAGAAACCAGAUUCUGAGUUUCCUAACAAAGGAUUCUGCACGUUUGACUCCCAACAGCCAAUACAUUACUAAAGCUGAACAGGACUCCCCAAACAGCUACUACCCAGAUGUCUUAUUUACAGCUAUACCCCAUUAAAUUAAGACAGCACUUCAAAUAUAUAUAUAUGUGUGUGUGUGUAUAUAUGUAUUAAAAAAAAAAGAAAAAAGAA